AUGGCAGCGGGUGCGGCCAAGGCCACCGCAGCGGCGACGUCCUCCGCGGUGUUCCGUAGAAACCAGGAGCUCACCCGCCUCGCGCCGUUGGGCCAGCUGGCUGCGGCGCGCCGCCUGUUCGACGGGAUGUCCCGCCGCAACACCGUAACCUACAACGCUAUGCUCUCCGCGCUCGCGCGCCACGGGCGCCUCGACGAAGCGCGCCGCCUGUUCGACGGGAUGGCGCGCCGGAACACCGUGCAAGUAUGUGAGAGGAAUUUUCAGCCUGUUGAUGAUAUCACGAUGUACAUUUCUUUAGUUUCAUUGUCCAUCGAUGGCAAUUUUAUGAGCACUGUGGAUGUCAAGCUUCCCGAAGAAGAAUUAGGUGGCCUUGUUACACUGAAAUUUUGGAAUCAUGGUUCUGGUGUUGAGCAAUAUUUUUUGUCCACUGUCAUUUAUGAGCCUCACAGUGAUGAUGGGGUUUCUGCUGUUGCUUUCCGCCCAGGAAGAAACAUGGCUGUGAGCUCUUGUUUUGGUGGUAACUUCAAGGUUUGGGUCCAAAGUUUGUCUUCACAACCAAGUAAUGAAAUAAAUUAUUCUGGUUGGAGAUGCCAAUCAGUUGGCUCAUACAAGAAGAAACCUAUGACAGCGGCAGCCUUCUCAGCCGAUGGAUCUGUUAUUGCGGUUGCAGCUGAGACCGUCAUCACGUUGUGGGAUCCUGAUAAUAACGCGCUUGUCGGCGUCAUUGCAGAAGCACUAUCGCCAGUUACAAAUCUUUCUUUCAUUGGGACAUCGAUGUUUUUGAUGUCUUUAUCUCAGAGUUCAAGACCACAGAUUGCUGUAUGGAAUGUUUCAAAUCUUUCUAUGCAAUGGUCUUACAGCCUUUUUGCAGAAGCUGCAUGCUGUUCGCCAGAAGGGAAUGAAUUUGCGGUUCUUGCUCUUCUGAGCUGUCCCGAUGGAGGAACACUUGCACAGCAAGAUGGAGUAUUACUACUUUUUGGUGCAGAAAAUCCAAACCCUGUUGGCUCCUGGUCUGUAAAGAAGGCAAGGGGUGGCAGCAUUGCUUUUGUGAAGGGUGGUCUCUCUUUGGAUGCUAAUACUAAUGACUCAAGGGGUGGAGAGGAACUGUCGCUGGUUUAUGUAAAUGGUUCUCAUGAAUAUAUCAUCUCUGAUCCCCGGAAGAACGAGGAGUUCGUGAGUAGCAAGCACACAGAGAAAAAGAUUCAAGCUGAGGAACCUGCACCAAUCGGUUACGCGUCUAUUUAUGGAGAGCUUCCAAAACUGGAGUUGAUGAAAGGGAUUUCAGAAAUUCCAUUUAUCCCUUCAGAUAGACCUUGGGAGACUAUAUUCAGUGGAUCAUCUCAUGUUCUUCCACCUCUCACGAAAUUAUGUUCCACAUUCUUGUCAUCAUUGCUCGAGAAGAGACCAGUUGCAAACGGGUGAGAGGCAUCGGAGUUUUGUCCUGUCAUAUGAUGGUAUACUUGCCUGUUGCCAAAUUACAGUGCAAAAGGAGAUCCACAUUGACCCAACGCUAUGAAGCCGAUAUAUGCAAUGUUCAGAAGGCAAUCUUCAAAGAAGCUUCGGACUCAUAUUAUUCAUGGGUUGAGAGCACGAGUUGAACUUUAGGAGGUUGAAUCUCCUCUUAUUCCUCAGUAGCUCAGUGGUAGAGCGGUGCUCAGUUGAGGACAUCUGAGCUUGGUUGUUUUAUCACGUGCCGGUUGUCAGCAAGUCCAUUUUGUAGUGAUACUCAGUGGUUUUCAAUCUACCGAUCGUAGCAAAAAAUUGUUUCCUUGGCAGCUCAACAUGUAAUUCAAACAGCAAAAGUAGCAAAUUUUGGUGCGAUGUGAUGUGAUGUAUGGCGCAAUAUUACGAUUAUAACCUAUAGGGACAAUGAUAAUAUAGUCGGGGAAAACAGUAACUGUUUGCGUUCUGUUUCGUGUAAAUCCAGAAAAUCUGAAAGUGGUUGGAAAAAAUAUAGGAAAACGGAUCGUAACAGGAUCUGGAUUUAUCCUA